AUGGGUAUCAAGAAGAAGUCAAAGGUGCCUGGUGUGAUGAUAACCCAGUUUAAUGAGGAACUUCCAGAGGGAAUGACAACCCCAGAUUUCACCAGGAAACCCAUUGCUCUGACAAUUCAAGAGGGAAAACUGGGAAUCUUGAAAGCCAUCGUAGUGGGCACCCCAACACCAACUGUAACAUGGAGCAGAGCAAACGGAGACAUACAUUUCCACCCUGACUUGUGCCUGCAGAAGUAUGACGAGACCUCUCAUGAGCACACCAUAGAGUUUCCUAAAGUGGCUCCAGAGGAUGCUGACACCUACAAGUGCUUUGCAACAAAUGAAUAUGGAAAGGCUGUUUGCACUGUUGUCUUAAACGUUAUUGAGGUUGGAUUCUCAAAAAGCAAGGAACUCCAAAAGAAGCAAGGAGAAGAUGCAACAGACUUCAGAAAAAAACUUAAGAAACGUAAUCCUGAUGGAACACGAGAGGAAAAGCCGAUGGAGCCAGAGGAGAAAGUCUGGGAAAUUCUCCUUAGCGCAGACAAGAAAGACUAUGAACAUAUCUGCGUUGAUUACGGUAUCACAGACUUCCGUGGUAUGCUGAAGAAACUCAAUGAAAUGAAGAAGGAGAGGGAGGAUGAGAUUGCAGAGUUUGUUACACAUAUCAGUACGCUGAAGCAUAUUGAGGUUAAUGACAGUGACUAUGCAACAAUCGAGUUGGACAUGGACCUUAAGGAUCCAAUGAGCAAAGUCUUCUUGUACAAGGAUGGUGUCAUGGUUCCAUUCUCCAAAGAAGAGGCAGAAGAAGCAAAGCACUCUUUGAAACAAGUUGGCAAGAAAUACAUCUUUCAGAUUAAAAAGUUAGGUUCAGAAGAUGCUGGACUUUACUCAGUGGAUGUUGGGGGAGUUAACGUUUUCUCCACAAAUUUUAAAGUACCUGAAGUUGAAUUCGCUGUCAAAAUACAAGAGGUAAAGGCAGAAGAGCGAGAGGAUGCCCUCUUCCAGUGUGUUCUGACUGCACCUAUGGAUGAUCUGAAAUGGUUUGGCAAGAGUGCCCCCCUAUCAAAUACUGCGAAACAUGAAAUCACUGUAUCUGAGGAUAAGCUUAUCCACAAGUUGAUUGUGCGAGACUGUAUGCCUUUAGAUGGCGGUAUAUAUGCAGCUGUGGCAGGAAUCAAAUCUUGCAAUGCCUGGCUUAUAGUGGAAGCUGACAAAGAUCCUGCAAACAAGGGCAAGAAGGCAAACCGCAAAACUACUAUGGCUGGGGCCGGCAAUGAUGAAGAUUUGAUGAGAAUAGCUAAGGAACAGCAGGAAAAAUAUAAUAAGGAAAUGGAAGAAAAAAUUGAAAAAGCCAAAAAGGAACAAGCUGAGAGAGAAGCUGCAGAUGCAGUUGCCAAAGCAGAGGCUGAAGCUGCUAAAAAGGAAGCAGCUGAAGCUAAAGCUGCAGCUAAGGAUGCUGCUAAAGCUAAAGCAAAGGCAAAGAGGGCAGCGGCUAGCAAGGAUGCAGCUGCAAGAAAAACUAAGAAAGGUGCUGCUGGUGGUGCAGGCUCAGGUGCAGAAGGUGCAGGUGGUGCUGGUGGUACAGGCUCAGGGGCAGACGGUGCUGGUGGUGCUGGUGGUGCUGGGGGUGUAGGUGGUGCUGGUGGUGGGGUUGAUGGAACAGGUGCUGGCAUAGGCAUCGGAGCUGGUGCAGGUGAUGGUGCAGGUGGGGGAGAGGAUGGAAGUGGAGCAGGAGCGGGGGGCAGAGCUGGAGGAGAGGGAGGAGAGGGGGAAGAAGGAGGCGAAGGUGGAAAAGGAGGAAGACGCAAGAAACGUGUGAGAGAAGGACCACUCGUUCCGGAUACAGUAAUAGACCCAGGAGUUCACUUCCAUGCUGGACUUUCCGACUGCAAAGCCAUUGUUGGAGAAGCUGCAGAGCUUGAGUGUAAACUGAGCAGCGAAGACUGUGAGGGAAUCUGGUACAGAGAUGGAGAAGAGGUUAAAACAGCUGAGGGUAUAACCGUCUCAAAAGAAGGAAGUGUCCACAGGCUGAAAAUUCACAAAGUAACAGAAGAAUUUGCUGGAAAGUAUAAAUUUGAAGCAGAUGGAAGGAAGACAGAAGCCUUGAUUGUCGUUGAAGAUCCCCCACGAUUUGAUGCUGAGGAGCUGAAAGCGUUCAAAGCACCUGUAACAGUGAAAAAAGGACAGAAAGCUACCUUCAAAUUACCUUUCGUUGGACGGGACCCUUUAAAAGUUCAGUGGUACCUUGAUGGUGAAGAGCUGUCAGAAGAGUCAAAUAUCAAGCUGGAGCACUCAGAAGGUCACAGCCGUCUCCUCCUCACCAAGCUGCAGCGCAAGGACAGUGGUGAAGUCAAGAUUAAACUGAAGAACGAGUUCGGCACUAUUGAGGCAAUCAGCCAGCUUGUUGUACUUGAUAAACCCACUCCUCCAAUGGGACCUUUGGAGAUUGUUGAAGCCUCCUCCUCUACAAUUGAAUUCAAGUGGAGACCCCCAAAGGACAGUGGUGGCUGCAAGAUAGGCAACUAUAUCCUUGAACGACAACAAGUUGGUCGCAACACAUGGAAAAAGGUGGGGCCAAUUGGUGCAGAGGCCACGUACAAAGACAGUGACGUAGACCAUGGCAGGAGGUACUGCUAUCGCAUCCGGGUGGAGACUGAAAUUGGUAGCAGUGAGCUAAUGGAAACUGAGGAUAUCCAAGCUGGUACAAAAGCUUACCCUGGCCCCCCAUCAGCUCCAAAGGUUGUCACUGCCUUCAAGGACUGCAUCAACCUCUCUUGGUCCCCUCCAGCCAACACCGGAGGAACCAAUAUUCUGGGAUACAACAUUGAGAAACGCAAGAAAGGCAGCAACCUGUGGGGUCAAGUCAAUCCACCAGAACAGAUGAUCAGAGGAAAAGGAUUUGGAGUUAAAGAUGUGGUUGAAGGCAUGGAGUAUGAAUUCCGUGUUUCUGCAAUCAAUGACUCUGGAGCGGGUGAAUUCAGUACACCCUCUGAGUUUGUGUUUGCAAGAGACCCUAAGAAGCCUCCUGGAAAAGUCAUUGACUUCAAAGUGACAGACUCCACCUACACAAAUCUGUCCCUGUCUUGGACCAAACCCAAGGACAUUGAGGGGGUUGAGGAUGAAGCCAAAGGAUAUUUUGUAGAGAUCAGACCUGCAGAAAACACAGAAUGGGAUCGCUGCAAUACCAAUGCAAUAACCAUGACUUCCUACACUGUGAAAGGCUUGAAAUCAAUGGCCAUGUACUGGGUGAGAGUCAUUGCUAUUAAUGAUGGAGGACAUGGAGAGCCACAGGAGCUGGAUAAUUACAUCCUUGCUAUGCCCCCUCCUGUGAGACCACGUUUUACUGAUGCCAAAAUUAAGAGUUUCAUGGUGGUGAGAGCAGGAAAUUCUGCAAGAUUUAACAUUAACUUUGAGGCCUCUCCAUGGCCAGAAGUCAUCUGGCUGAAGGAUGGAGUGCCAGUGUCUAAAAAGGUGACUAUCAGCAAUGCAGAGGGCACAUCCCAGCUUCUCAUUGCCUCUGCUGAACGCUCAGAAACUGGAAUCUACACUAUCAUUGUGAAAAACAUUGUGGGUCAAGAAUCAUUCAGCAUUGAGAUUAGAGUCACAGAUGAGCCUAAGCCAGCAGGCCCUGUGGACAUUGAUGAGAACGUGCCCGGCACAGUGACCGUUUCAUGGACUGCCUCUCCAGACGAGAAACGUGACGACAGGCUGCACUACAUGGUGAUGAAGCGUGAUUCAAGUAAAAGAACCUGGCACAUUGUGGCAGAUAACAUCUUUAACAAUAAGUUCACAGCCUGCAACAUAAUGCCAGGCAGAGAAUACCAGUUCAGAGUCUACGCUAAAAAUGACAUGGGCUCAUCCAAACCCUCUGAAUCAGCGAAGUGGCUUAUUUCAACCAAAAAAGAAAAGUUCACUAUCAACGUGCCAGAAACAAAGGCUUGUGAUCUACAGUGCCCUCCCAAGUUCCUUGUCCCGUUGAAAAUGCACACGGCUCCUCAAGGAUAUGAAUGCUACAUGAGCUGCGCUGUAAAAGGAGAUCCCACACCUCAUGUGACAUGGCUCCGCAACAACAUCAGCUUGAAUACCAACACUAACUACUUCAUCUCUAACACCUGUGGAGUCUGCUCUAUGCUCGUAUUGAGGGUUGGACCUAAAGACACUGGGGAGUACAAGGUGGUUGCAGAGAACUCUAUCGGGAGGGCCGAGUGCUCCACCAAACUGACUGUCAGAGAAUAAAUGAACACCCUGAACAUGGUACAACUGCUUCAAAACCAGGACAGAUACCAAGUUGUUGCUUAUUCACCUGCUGCAGCUUUAGAUUUAGGUAAAAACGAUCUUCAAUAACUUUUUGAUGAAGAAAUUCCUCUCAAGUUCUUCAUUUAUUCAAAGUAAUUCUUAACAGAUCUUAGGCAUACGUAUGUUCGUGACAUAACCGCAUAUUCUGUUUCUCUUGAUGCCCACUGUGCAGUCUCAAUAAAAUGACAGCUUGAAAACGUAUUGAAUGUAUUUAUGGCAUAUUUCAAAUGUAAUGAUAUGCAUGCCAAAUAGCAAAAAUAAUCAGCAGAGGAUAUUUCUCAGCAGUGAAUCACUGAAAAUUAGCUAAGUCUAGGCAGUGCUUGUCUAUAGCUUGUGGAACAAUCUGCUAGUGGUUUUUGCUAAAGUUUUAGAUGCAGGUUUUCAUUCAUGCAUUUAGUGUUUGGUCCCAGUUUUUAUUUUUACAUAAAUGUGAAUUUACAAUCCUCCCUUUGAGUGAAACUGAAGCGACAGUCCUAGUGACAUUAAAAAUAUAUGAUACCGCAUGCUUGUUUUAGGCUCUUCUGAAUAUGCGAAUGCAGGUAAAAUUGAUGUAAAU